CGCGAGAAUAUAGCCGGUGGCAAGUUCAUUGAGCUACAUUUGACAUUAAUUGUAGUCAGUCAAGCCAUUGCAAAUAUGUCUGAGAAGGAGCUUGGAAAGAAAUGGGACCGAUGCCUCGCUGAUGGUGCCGUGAAAAUCGGUGCUGGUCUGGGCUUAGGAAUCGUGUUGUCGGUCGUGUUCUUCAAAAGACGCACAUGGCCCAUCUCAUUUGGCUUGGGGACAGGACUUGGCAUGGCAGCUUCCAACUGUCAGAACGACUUGAGAUCACAUUAUGUGCUGCACGGAAGCGUGAAGGAGCAGUAGACCGGGGACAUCGAAGGACAGAUUUCAUUCGUUUAGUUUUAUUUAGAAAUUGUUGUAAUUGCAAUGUUUUGUCUGGGAUGUAAACCAUUUGCACUGUUGUCCAGAAAGCGUUGCGACUCUCUUGUUUGACGAAACCUCCCCUCUCACCUGUUCACGUCUGCCCCGGACUCAGCCUGUAUUUCUCUAAUAAAACAGCCAUGAAGACCAACGA